AUGAAGCAAUGGAGCAAGUUGCUCCUGGUGGCCAUGCUGGCCUGGCUUGUCCUCUUCCUGUCGCUGCUGUCUCACUUCCUGGGCCUGCCCUCCACAGCGUCACCCCGUGCUCGCUCCGUUGUGUCCGGACCGUCCCUCACGCGCACUGAGAUCCGCCGCUUGGCAUCCAUCCAAGCGGGCCAAAAUGUGGUGAAAGCGGUGCCUGGCUCGUCCUUUGCCAGCAGGAACAAGGAGUCCGGCUGGGAAGAGAGACGAGCUGCGGCCCCUGGCCUCACGUCGGAGGAGCCUUUCAACAUGGAUGGCCAGAAGGUGGCCCGUGUUGGAGGCCCAGACGAUGGAGGAGGGAGGUCGCUGGUGGAGGUCAGGGAGGAUGCCGUGGGGAGCCCUGAGGAGGACUGGGAGGAACGGAGGCGGCGGAGGAAAAUGAAGAUCCGAAGGAGGAGAGGGAGGAGGUGGCGUGCGGAACAGCGGGCCCAAAAAGUCGAGGAGGAGGAAGACGAGGAUGACGACUAUAUCUCCAGGUCAAAGGCAGUGGUCCAGAGGCUGUGGAGGGGCAACGCAUCCUCUGGGAUGCUCAGCCCUCGCCUCCAGAAGGCGCUGAAGGACUAUGUGAGCUCCAAUAAGCACCGUGUGGUCUACAGGGGGCAGCGGAGGGGCCAGCGGAGCGGGCAGGAGGUGCAGUGUGAGCUGAAGAGGCUGGCUCUGCCCAGGACCCUGGACGGGAGCGAGGAGCCCUUCGCCAGCCUGGGCUGGGCUAAACUGGUGCCCUCACGGCCCCUAAACCAGCUGCCAGAGUUCACGAGUUGUGCUGUGGUGACAUCAGCAGGCGCCAUCCUCAACUCCUCGCUGGGAGAGGAAAUAGACUCCCAUGAUGCAGUGCUUCGCUUCAACGCAGCCCCGACAAAGGGCUUUGAGAAAGAUGUGGGGAGGAAGACCACAAUUCGCAUCAUCAACUCCCAAAUUCUGGCCCGACCCAAACACCAAUUCAACACCAGCGGGUUGUACCGGGACGUGACCCUGGUGGCGUGGGACCCGGCCCCUUACUCUGUCGACCUGUCCAAGUGGUACAAGAACCCAGACUACGACCUGUUCACCCCGUACAGCGAGCGGCGGCGGAGGCGGCCGGACCAGCCCUUCUACAUCCUGCACCCCGGCUUCAUCUGGCGCCUGUGGGAUGUGAUUCAGGCCAACACGCAGGAGAACAUCCAGCCCAACCCGCCGUCUUCUGGAUUCAUCGGUAUCCUCCUGAUGAUGGCGCUGUGCCACGAGGUCCACGUGUACGAGUACAUUCCCUCGGUGAGGCAGACAGACCUGUGCCACUACCACGAGCACUAUUAUGACGCGGCGUGCACGCUGGGCGCCUACCAUCCCCUGCUCUACGAGAAGCUGCUGGUUUGGCGAAUGAACACCGCGCCAGACGAGGACCUGAGGCACAAAGGCAAGGUCACGCUGCGCGGCUUCAGCUCCAUGGACUGUGGGCAGUGAACCGUUUGAGGUUUGACAUUUGACCUUUGACCUCUCGGUGAAUGACAGGAACGUCCACAAUUGCCAGCACCCGCUGUUCAGCUCACGAACCGAACCUUUUCCUC